UAAUAUUAUAUCCAUGGCUGAAAUUCUGAAAUCAUCUUUAGCCAUGAACUGCGAAGCACAGAAUCGGGCGCUCUUGAUCUGAAAGUCAUUAGCAGAAGAGGCAUAGAAGAGAGGAAGGGAAGAAGGGAGGAGGAUUUGGAUGCGAUGAACUCAUGCUUCACCAUCCAUCACAACCGUCGAUAUGAUCAACAGCAGCAACAUCAACGGUGGGAUGUCGUCGCCGUCAUCGUCGUCUGUCAACCCUCGUUCGCCGGGCCUUAAGACCUACUUCAAAACGCCCGAGGGCCGCUACAAGCUCCAUUACGAGAAGACUCAUCCCUCCAGUCUUCUUCAAUACCCUCAUGGAAAAUCCGUCACUCAGGUAACCCUUGCGUAUCUGAAGGAGAAGCAGGCACAGCUGGCGCCAACACCAAGCUCGAGUAUGAGUGCCUCCAGUGGAGUGAGAUUUGCAGCGGCCAGGUUCUUAGGGGGAGGUAAUGGUGGUCGAACUCUUAGUUUCGUGGGAGGGAAUGGCGCAAGUAAAUCGUUUACUGGAACCAGUAGGAGCAGUUCAUUGGGAGGUUUGAGUAAUUGUAAUUCAAUGCUUACUUCUAAUUAUGAUGGGAAAGGGACAUAUCUUAUAUUCAAUUUAGGGGACACAAUCUAUAUCAGCGAUUUUAAUUCACAGGAUAAGGAUCCUAUAAAAGCAAUACAUUUUAGCAAUUCAAACCCUGUCUGCCAUGCAUUUGAUGCAGAAGCUAAAGAUGGGCAUGACUUGCUUAUUGGAUUGAAUUCUGGGGAUGUCUAUUCGGUCUCUCUGAGGCAGCAAUUACAAGAUUUUGGGAAGAAACUUGUUGGUGCCCAGCAUUAUAACAAAGAUGGUUCUGUUAGUACCAGUCGAUGUACUAGCAUUGCUUGGAUUCCUCAAGGCGAUGGUGCUUUUGCUGUUGCUCACUCUGAUGGAAACUUGUACGUGUAUGAAAAGGGUAAGGACGGAACAGGUGAUUCUUCCUUCCCAGUUAUCAAGGAUCAAACUCAGUUUACUGUUGCACAUGCACGGUCCAGUAAGAGCAAUCCAGUUGCCAGAUGGCAUAUCUGCCAAGGUUCAAUCAAUAGCAUUGCUUUCUCAUCUGAUGGGACAUAUUUGGCAACUGUUGGUAGAGAUGGUUAUUUACGGGUAUUUGACUACUCAAAAGAACAACUAAUAUGUGGUGGAAAAAGUUAUUAUGGCGCUCUUCUGUGUUGUGCCUGGAGCUUGGAUGGAAAAUACAUUUUGACUGGUGGUGAAGAUGAUCUAGUUCAAGUUUGGAGUAUGGAAGAUCGAAAGGUAGUAGCAUGGGGCGAGGGGCACAGCUCAUGGGUGAGUGGAGUGGCUUUUGACUCAUAUUGGUCAUCACCAUCUUCAGAUGGCACUGGGGAAAGUGUGAUGUACCGAUUUGGUUCUGUUGGUCAGGACACUCAGUUGCUUCUAUGGGACCUGUCAAUGGAGGAGAUUGUAGUUCCACUUCGCAGGUGUCCCCCUGGUGGUUCCCCCACAUUCAGCAGUGGAAGCCAGUCAUCUCAUUGGGAUAGCAUUUCUCCAGUGGGCACUCUCCAACCUGCUCCAAGCAUGCAAGAUGUUCCAAAACUCUCCCCAGUAGUUGCCCAUCGUGUCCAUUCUGAACCUCUAUCUGGCUUAAUUUUUACCCAGGAAUCUAUUCUCACUGCAUGUCGAGAAGGGCAUGUGAAAAUUUGGAUGAGACCCAGGUCCUCUGAAAGCCCACCGAGUAACUCAGAAGGUCUUUUAAGUACUAGUUCAAAGGAGAAGCUGCUAAUGCCUGGCAAGGUUGGCGGAUCUAGUUUCAAAUAAUUUAAGAAAAAAAAUAUAAAAAUAAAAUAAAAUAAAAUGAGUUAUUUCCAAAAGCAUUUUCCACGGAGUUGAUUCUCUGUUUGAAAAUAUGACUAUUUAUGCCUUUCUGCCCAGUUGGUUUCUUCAGAUUGCCAUGUGUUACAAAUGUUGGGUUGGGUCAUUGAGUCAAUCAACAUGAGCAUGUGCAGAGAGAUUAACCAACUGGUUCUGCUGUAUAUUCUCACGGGUGACAUUAAAUUAAUGGCACUGAGAUUGAGAGAUAGAGAUGUUUAGUGAAAAUACACAGGCUAUACGAAGUGACCCCUUGUUGCUGCGAUGUUUCUAAUUAUAGGUAGUAAUAAGGGAAGUUGUUCCAUGGGAAUCUCUUUUAAGGCUUGUAUUUGAAUCCCACCUUUCAAAAGAUAUCAUGAAUACAGAGGGAUUUCUAUUUGCUGUUUAA